AUGGACUGCGAGGGAGACUUUCCAAUUUAUGUUCAGUGUAAAAUGACAACUCUAGAUCAUAAUGAUACUGGAAUUGCAGCACUUUCUGAUCAAAGUGAGUUGGAAAGUGUUGCAUCUGAGGAUCGCUCUGGGAGGUGGGCGAGGACGACGUUCAAAAUUAUUCUUUCAUAUCAUGGGGGUUCGUUUGAUGGGUGGCAAAAGCAGCCAGGUUUGAACACUGUCCAAAGGCAAGUUGCUAUUCUUACAUUUACAGCUUCUGGAGUUUUUUGCCUAUUCAUUGUAGAAGCGUCACUUGGUAAAUUUGUUGAUGAAAAGAAAACACAACUGCUCAAGGAUAAAGGUUUGCCUAUUGAAGGUUGUGCUGUUGUUGCUGGUCGGACAGACAAAGUGGGUUCCAGUGACAUGGGAAAAUCUUUGAAGGCUGGUUCAUUAUACACAGACACUUGGAAGAAGGAUGUUCAACCAAAAGAUAUUGAAGAUGCUAUCAAUCAAGCAGCACUAGGAAAACUUCGAGUCAUAUCAGUUUCUGAGGUAUCACGCGUCUUUCAUCCAAAUUUCUCUGCCAAAUGGAGGCGUUACCUUUAUAUCUUUCCACUCACUGAUGGCUGUAGGAACCAAAGUAGUGUCAGUGGGGACUUUUGUGACAUUUUUAAAUAUAACGAAAUGCGUAAUUCUUCCAGCAAGGAUGAGGUAGAAAAUCAAGAGAAAUCCUAUUUGUUCAGCGUAAGCAAGGUAAACAGGCUUUUGCGCAAGUUAGAAGGAAAAUUGCUAUCCUACAAGAUGUUUGCUCGUGAUACAAAAGCUUCAAGAAAUGAUGGUCCACCGACUGAGUGUUUUGUUUACCAUGCUCGAGCUAUGGAAGUCAAACUGCCUACAACUGACUGUGGAGAAGAAACAAAGGUUAUGUGUGUUGAGCUGGUAGCUAAUCGCUUUCUACGAAAGAUGGUUCGGGUGCUUGUAGCAACGUCAAUUAGAGAAGCUGCCGCUGGUGCUGAAGACGAUGCCUUGAUAAAGCUCAUGGAUGCCACAUGUAGGCGUGCUACUGCUCCUCCAGCACCACCUGAUGGUUUAUGUCUUGUUGAUGUUGGCUAUGCUGAAUUUGACCCUAAAAAAUGCUUCAUUCUCAUAGAGUAA